AGUGCUUUAGAAUUGUUAAAAUCUUUAUGAAGCACAUCACUGAAGAUGAGGUUGAAAAACUUGGCUUUUAUCAUCAUAUUAAUAAUCCCAGGAGAACUCUAUGCAGAAGAGAAACCCUGUGGUUUUCCUCAUGUGGAAAAUGGAAGGAUUGCCCAAUAUUACUAUCCUUUUAAAAGUUUUUACUUUCCAAUGCGCAUAGACGAAAAAUUGUCGUUUUUCUGCUUGGCUGGUUAUACAACUGAAACUGGGAAACAAGAAGAGCGAACCACAUGUACGGCAGGAGGCUGGUCUCCGGCCCCAAAGUGCUUCAAAAAAUGCACAAAGCCUGACCUGGAAAAUGGUUACUUCCCUGACGGAAAAGUGGUGUACAAAAUUCAAGAGAACAUGCGCUAUGGUUGUGCUUCAGGAUACAAAACCGCUGGAGGGAAGGAUGAAGAAGUGGUUCAGUGUCUCUCAGAUGGGUGGUCUUCUCCACCAGCCUGCAGGAAGGAACACGAAACAUGUUUGGCCCCUGAAUUACAUAAUGGAAAUUAUUCUACAACACAGAAAACGUUCAAAGUGAAGGAGAGAGUGCAGUACGAAUGUGCUACCGGCUACUACACAGCCGGAGGGAAGACGGCGGAGGAGGCAGAGUGUCACUCGUCCGGAUGGUCUCUCACGCCACAGUGCACCAAACUAAAGUGCUCUUCUUUGAGAUUAAUAGAAAAUGGUUAUUUUCAUCCUGUAAAGCAAACCUAUGAAGAAGGAGAUGUAGUACAGUUUUUCUGUCAUGAAAAUUAUUAUCUAAGUGGAUCUGAUUUAAUUCAGUGCUAUAAUUUUGGUUGGUACCCAGAAUCGCCUGCAUGUGAAGGAAGAAGAAACCGAUGCCCGCCCCCACCUCUGCCUCUGAACUCCAGAGUCCAAACGCAUUCAACAACUUACCGUCAGGGAGAAACAGUUCGCGUAGAAUGUGAGCCCGGCUUCGAGAUCCAGGGCUCUGCGGAAAUACGCUGCGAACGCGGAAAGUGGGCGGACCCUCCCAGGUGCAUCGGUCAGUCACCCCUCGAACGAGCCCCCCCGCGCCGCCACCGCGCGCGGCUGACGGUCUCUUCUCUUGGCCGCGCCCUUGCAGAGGGAGAGCAGAGCACCGCCUGCCAGGCCCCGCCCGCCAUCCGGAACGGCGCAGCGGGCCCGCGCUCCGAGACCCACCGCGACGGGGACACGGUGACCUACAGAUGCGAGCCCGGCCACCGCCUCCGCGGGCCCAGUGCGAUAACGUGCCUCCGAGGACAGUGGACGCUGCCCCCCGAGUGUGUCGAAAACAAUGAGAACUGUAAGCCUCCACCUGAUAUAAUAAAUGGAGCUGUCGUGGAUGGGUUGCUGGCAAACUACACAGCAGGGUCCUCGGUGGAAUACAGAUGCAACGAAUACUACAUACUGAGAGGGGCGAAAACAUCGCAUUGUGAUCAAGGAAAAUGGUCCUCCCCGCCGCCUGUUUGCUUGGAGCCCUGUACUGUUAAUGUGGAUUUCAUGAACAGAAACAACAUAGAGAUGAAGUGGAAAUACGAGGGAAAAGUCUUACAUGGAGAUUUAAUAGAUUUUGCCUGUAAACAGGGGUUUGCCUUAGCUCCAUCCACUCCACCGUCCGAGUUAUCUGUGCAGUGCAAUAGAGGAGAAGUGAAAUAUCCUUUAUGUAUUAGAAAAGAAUCUAAAGGAAGGUGUGCAUCUCCUCCACUUAUUAAAAAUGGAGUCAUAAUUAGUUCAAUAGUAGAAACCUAUGAAAAUGGUUCUUCAGUAGAAUACAAAUGUUUUGAUCACCAUUUCCUACAAGGGUCUAAGGAGGCCUAUUGUUUAGAGGGAGUGUGGACCACACCACCAGCGUGUUUAGAGCCUUGCACGUUAUCUUCGGUUGAAAUGGAAAAGAAUAAUUUACUCCUGAAAUGGGAAUUUGACAAUAGACCACAUAUUUUCCAUGGGGAAUAUAUUGAGUUUCUUUGUAAGAGAGAUACUUAUAUAGCUAUGCCGUAUAUUAUUGAAUCUGAACUUAGAGUGCAGUGUGACAGAGGGCAGUUAAAAUACCCGAGAUGUGUUCCAAGAGAAAGGAUUCUGUCUUACCAAGAACACUUAAGGACAUAGAAUUGAAUGGCUGAAAGAGCACUGGUAUUUCAACAUAUCAUAAAAUCCCUUAUAAAACAUACUUUUUAGAAGAAAUAUGUUGAGUUAAAAACCUUUAAAUUUUUCCUUGCUUGAGUAUAUGAAUCUGAAUUGUUUGGGCUGAACAUUUUCUUUAUUUAUAAACAAAAGUUAGAAAGAGUUGCCUAAUUUCUAUGGAAAUUUCUAUGGAUGAUUUAACAUAUAACUUAAUCUCUAUUGUGUGUCUUCCAUCUGUUAAAAAUUAAUCCAAACAUUACAAUAUUUCCAUUUUCUAACGCCUGUUGACUGGACUAUGUCACUGUCUAUGUGCUACAUGUGCAAAAAUGUCAC